AUGGCCGACAGCCCAACCUCCCACGCCAGCUCCGCCAGCAGCGAUGCCUCCCGCGAACCCCGCCCAAACCCCAACUGCGAGAUAUGCAACGGUACAGGCUUCUACACAGAGGAGCGCACGGUGCAAAUGAGCGACGAGUGCCGCAACUGUGACGGAAAGGGAUAUUACCUGACAUUCGGCGGUCUUGGGGCUCUUAAAAUUACCUGCUGCAGUGGUGAUCCGGACUGCGAGUACUGCGGACAUCGCAAUGCCUGUGGGUGGUUUGAGGCGGAUACUUGUGGCACUUGUGAGGGGGAGGGGGUCGAGAGAUGGGAGGAUACGGAGACUGUAGAGGGCGAUUGUGAUUGUGCUUGGUAA